GGGCUAAGGGAGGCGAGUCGCAUUGCACGUGGUGCAGCAGAGCUUCGCCCGGAGGGUCCUCGGGGAAGACCCCCACAUUUUUGUCAGAACCUUGGCUGGCGUGAUGGCGAAUGGCGUGAGGGGGUGGCAUCAACCGGUAGGGUUUAGUGGUCGGAGCUGGAUUAAUCUUUACACCGAUAUCGGUUAAGGCGUUUUAUUGGGCAUUGAGUCCAACGGGACUUGAAGUUACAGGAAUCUUGUGGCACCGUAAAAUCGAAGCAGAUUUUAUUCCGUCAUCAACUUUCACGGACUAGAGCCCAGUCCAUCCGAUGAAAUGUGGCAGGUCCCCACUGUGCAGACGAGGUACGCAGACGUAUGCCACAAACAAGCAAGAUCCUUUCACAGCUUUCCAUCUGGACAAGACUCUUGUAAGAAAGUUUAUGAAACCCUUGCUAAUUGGUGAACUUGCAGACGAUCAGCCAAGCUUUGAGCCCAGCAAAAAUAAAAUGCUCAUAGAAGAUUUCCGCCAGCUUCGUGCUACUGUUGAGAAGAUGGGACUCCUGAACCCCAACCGCCUUUUUUUCUUCCUGUACCUCAUUCACAUCUUGCUGCUGGAUGUGGCUGCUUGGCUCAACUUGUGGUACUUUGGAUCAUCCUGGGUGCCUUUUCUCUUCUCUGGAUUGCUGCUUGCCACUGUCCAGGCCCAAGCUGGUUGGCUUCAGCAUGAUUUGGGACACCUUUCAGUCUUUGGCAAGUCCAAAUGGAACCACUGGGUUCACAGAUUUGUGAUUGGGCAUCUGAAAGGAGCACCAGCCAGCUGGUGGAAUCAUUGGCAUUUCCAGCACCACGCUAAGCCUAAUUGCUUCCGCAAGGACCCGGACCUCAAUAUGCAUCCUUUGUUUUUUGCAUUGGGAAAGAAACUAUCUGUAGAGCUGGGGAUAAAGAAAAAGAAGUUCAUGCCAUAUAACCAUCAACACAAAUACUACUUCAUCCUUGGACCACCGGCUCUGGUGCCCUUCUACCUACAGUGGUAUGUCUUCUACUUCGUAGUCCAACGCAAACAAUGGGUGGAUCUGGCCUGGAUGGUUACUUUUUAUAUCCGGUUCUUUCUGACGUACUCCUUCUUACUGGAACUCAAGAGUCUCUUUGUUCUCUUCUUCAUGCUCAGAUUUCUAGAGAGCCACUGGUUUGUCUGGGUGACACAAAUGAACCACAUCCCAAUGAACAUUGAUUAUGACAAGAACAUGGAAUGGUUCUCAACCCAGCUCCAGGCAACAUGCAACGUGCACCAAUCCUUUUUCAAUGACUGGUUUAGUGGACACCUCAAUUUCCAAAUUGAGCACCACCUCUUCCCUACCAUGCCUCGACACAACUUCUGGAAGGUGACUCCCUUGGUGAAGCCCCUGUGUGCAAAAUACGGCAUUGAGUACCAGUCCAAGCCUCUGCUCACAGCCUUUGCAGACAUUGUACACUCUCUGAAGGAUUCAGGUGAACUCUGGCUGGAUGCGUACAUGCAUAACUGAGAAGGAAACAACACCUCAUUGGAGAGUAGUCACUCACUUUUGCCACCUGUAGCAAUUGGCAUCUUGAAGCUAACAAAGGCCUUACUUAGUUGGGGGUGGGUAGCUGGUUGAGCUGAAUUCUUGUACUGAAUGUGAUAUUUAAAGAUGUCUUAUCCCUUGCGCUUUUCCCAUUGCUCAUCUGGACUUUAUGAGCUACUGAGAAGUUCCCCAAGGACAUAUGGAAGACCAGGAACAGUUCCCAUCCAUGAACUGUCAUUUUACAUGUUUUAUAUGUAGAGCAAAAGUCUUGCAAAGAAAUCUUUUGGCUUGCUCCUUCCCAGAACAAAAGUAACCAAGAAGCAGGUGAAAGUCUGAGGAGUGAAGUAAAGGAGGAGAAGGGUUGGGUGGGUAGGACAGGAGACAACAUGCAGCAUCUGAAAGCUAUAACAGCUUGAGGACAGGUAACAAGGCACAGCAAGGACCAGAGGAGUUCAUAGAUGUCUGAUUUUGAAACAAGGACUGAUGGAAGAGAGCAGCCAAAGUCUGACACAGGGACAAGUACCCAAGAAUCACUGGACAGUAGCUGGACUCAAGAAAAGCUGUUGCUAUUUGUAGGCACUUGCCAAUCUCUAGGACAACUUUGAUUCUAGAAUGAUGGAUGUCAAUGGACUGAUUAUUGAUCCUAUGGAGAGGGAGCAAUUGAUGUUGGUGAGCAUUCCAGUGCUUUCUUAUUCUACUAAAAUGCCUUCAAGCAGUUGAGGAGGAGGACCAAGUAAACUUUCCUUACUCACUGGAAAUGGUGAUCUUUGUAUAUUCCACCUUGCUCAGUUACUGAGGGAUCUUUGUCUAUGGCACAGCUACUUUGUCUGACCUCUGCAAAGAGAAUACUCAUUUCUUAAUCUGGGAUGUCUUGCUGUGAAAAGGAUGCUGUUGUGUGAUAUAAAAGCACACUUUGUAUCACUUCAGAGCAGAGAUGGUCAAAUUUGUAGCCGAUCUCUGAGUAAAUGGGGACAUCCUGAGUCUCACCAUGGUCUUGACAGAGAAAUGCCCCCAUGACUUGUCCCUGUAAUUCCUUCGUGCCUUUGUAGUUACACAAACACCUUCCCAUACAGUAAAAAUGAGAAAUGGCCUGAAAAUUUUCAACUCUGGAGAAACAGUUGCCUCUUCAUGGUAACUGUUUUCCCUCAUGUAAACUGAUUGUGCAACUUUUCCUGAGGCAGAGAUUGUUCUCUUAUUUCUUUCUCUAAGGUAGACCAAAGUGAGGGCUUGGAGCCAGACAUGCUUUGCCUUUCCUACAUGGAAACAAAGUUAUUUCCAAAACAUUUGAUUGUUUUCUAGACUUCUGCAGUGCCAUUCAGAUUAACAAAUGGGAGUCUGAUUUUUUUUGCAUAGCCCUGUUUGGAAGGAGGCAAGCUUAGAGGCAGAGUGAAAACUCACUGCUAUUAUAUGGGAAUAUUGUUAUCUAAUCUGAACUGCUCACCUCCUUUGGAAGGCACAUAUAAUGUGUGAAGACCCAUGCCCUAACAGAGGUGAAGGCACCACUGGACUUCUUACAAUGCACCACCAUUCCAGCCCAUAGUGGGCAGUGGCUCAGCUAUCCAAAGAAAGCCAUUUGGUUGCACUUCUGAUUCUCUCAUAAGAUGCGCCUGCAAGUCAUGCUUUUGAAAAGAAGUAAGCUAUUAGGAAAAUUGCCUUCAGAGCCUUAUGCCACUUGAUGGUAACAUAGCACAACUGCCAAAUUAGGUGGAUGGUCAGAGGGGAACAGCCCUUGGUGUAAUUUAGCUUAAAAUGAAUCCCCUAAGCUCUGAAAUGCUUUUUUAAGCCUCAGUUCUUUCCUUCAGUUGUUUGAUUCCAACCACUUCUCUUCAUUAUCCAUCACUCUUACAGAGAGAAUUGUGAGAGGUAAGAUGGUUCCUGCCCCUUGGAUAACCCUUUCCAUGUUGCAGCUGCUCAGCUGGUUUUCUAAUGGGAAUGGGAGCGAUUUGGAGAAUUCAGCCUAAGAUUCAUCCCCCUCCCCUUACCUUCAUUAUGCUAAGAAGGCGGGAAGCUGGACAAGAGUGGAGUGAAUGUCUCCCUUGUGGAUAAAAAUAGCGGACUGUUGUAUCAUGUUUUCAUUUUCAAUGGGGAAUUCCCAAACUGGAGUUGUAAUCUAAAUGUUGAAUAAUGAAGUGUAGCAAAUAU